AUGCACGAAGAAUUCCAGGACAAGCAAAUGCAACUGGUGACAAGCCUGGAAACGGAGAAGAGAAUCUGCAUGGAGCGUGUGCGUCGAGCUGAGAAGAAAGUGGAACGCUUUGAAAAGGAAGCUCACUCCAAGCAAUCCACUCACACUUCAUCACCAAUUCAAUCAACAGUCCCCAACGGUCGCGGAACACCACGUACUCCCACAGGUGGAUCCACCAAUGAAAGCUACGACAGUCAAGUCAACUUCCUCAAUUCCAUCAUUGUUGAUCUGCAUGCUAAAAAUUCCGAGCUUGAACAACGCCUUCGCUCAGCCAUUUCUAACCCUGGUGUGGAUAGAACCAGUGUACUUGGACAAAGGGGAACUCGAGUUCAAAUUGUCAAAUCCCUCCAUCCCACUUAUAAAUUUGAGUUGUGGCACACAUUGCCCACAUUUUUGUGCCAUGUUCCGAUUGUCCGGAGUGACAACACGGGCGCACCCUCUCUCCUACUUCUGUUUACCUGUCUCCUCUCUUUGGUUGAGAAAUACACUACUUGUAUGGGUACAGGUGGGAAAGGGUCUGGUGAUCAACCGACUGAAAAGAAGAACAAGAAGGCCUCAGAAACAAGGUUGCGGUCCUGGUGUGAUAACUGCGAAGUUUUUGAUCUCCAUGAUACUGAACAGUGUCCCCAGGGUGGAGUGAAUUCCACUGAACGUCGGGGUGUUCUACAACCCAAGUUGGCUAAGAAUGUUACGCCAUCAGUGAAUCGUUUAUACUGUGACAACUGUGGUGUUUUUGAUUCGCACACCACGAAUGAGUGCACUGAAGAUCCCCAGGAGACAUUUUAA